AUGGCACCUCCGCAAGGCGCCGCCGCGAGGGCGCCAGUGGUCGUCGCGCCGCCGAAGAGGGCGGCGCCAUUGGUCGCGCGGGCGGCGAAGAAAGCGGCGGCGGCGCCGCCGCACAUGCACGACGGCUGGGACGCCGACGUCGCCGUCGGCAUAUGCAUGCCCGCGAUGCGGACCGCGCAUGACAAGCACCGCAAGGUGCUCGGGUCCAUCGCGAUCUUGGAGUCCCCGACCAGGGUGUAUCUCACAGGCGACGCCAAGUACAAAAGGGGCGAGCUCACGCUGGUGGAGACUAGCGCCAAAUUCAAAACGAAUGCCGCUGGCGCGGCCUGGGCUAACCAGUCGAUGUUGGCGGCCGACAUUGGAACCAUCACGCUGCAGCGUGAUGGCAUGCCAUCAUCGACAUUCGGCGUGGCCAUCAUGCCGCACAUCGACUCGGGUGAGAAGGCGACGGUGAAGUGGGUGACGCAGUACUGGUGCGUACCCAGCUUCGAGGGUGGCAAUAUGAAACAGAGCACCGUCGAGGUGAUCUUGACGGACAACACGGGCACGCAAACGCUGAACGCGCCGUGCAUGGUGCACAACAUGGAUGUGAAGCCAGGCGACCAGCUCAAGCUGAACGCGCCGCCGAAGAAGGGGGAGAUGCGCAAGGGACAUCCCCGCUGCACGGUAUAG